AUGUCUUCGUCCUCGGAAUCCCCCUCACUCGGCCGUCUGAAAGGCAAAGUCGCCAUCGUCACCGGAGGAGCCAGUCCCCAAGGCUUUGGCUACGCAAUCGCCCGCCGCUUCAUCGACGAAGGCGCAAAAGUCAUCAUCGGCGACCUCGAUGGCUCCGGCGCCGAGUCCAGCGCAUCCUCACUCUCCUCCCCACAUGCCAAAGGCGUAUCCAUGGACGUCUGCAAACACGAAGACUGGAAAAGAGUAGUGGAUAUGGCGGUCAAGGAGUUUGGCAGACUGGACAUUGUGAUCAACAAUGCCGGGUGCACGUAUAGAAAUAAACCGACUGAAGAGGUUACGGAAGACGAGUUUGAGCGGGUGAUGAGUGUGAAUGUCAAGAGUAUCUUUUGGAGUGUCAAGGUUGUGGUGCCGCAGAUGCAGAAGCAGGGGGAUGGUGGCAGUAUCAUCAAUAUCUCGAGCAGUGGGAGUGUGAGGCCUAGACCUGGGUUGGUGUGGUACAACGCCAGCAAGGGGGCGGUGUCGAAUGCGACUAUGGCGCUGGCUGCCGAGUAUGGGCCUGAUCAGAUCAGAGUCAAUGCGAUUGCUCCGCUGUUGUCGGCGACUGGUCUGUUUGAGUCGUUCGUUGGAGUCAAGGACACGCAGGAGAACAGAGACAAGUUUGCAGCGUCGAUCCCACUAGGCAGACUGACGGAUCCAGUAGACGUGGGUAAUGCGUGCGUUUUUCUGGCGUCGGACGAGGGCAAGUUUGUGACGGGUACCAACUUUAGUGUUGACGGAGGAAGACACAUCUAA